AAUCUGUCAUGGCCGCGUAUUCUUAAAAAAUUACUCCCUGCAGGAUUUCAAACGCUACUGUAUGAGUUAAGCGCAUCUCAUUCCACUAAAAGAUGUCUGAUUACGAAGAGGACCAUGUCGAGGGAAUGUCAGAGGACGAUGUUGGGUCACCUGAGAUGGAUCCCUUCAUGGAGGAUGACGAGGAAGAGAGACAAGCCACAAAGAAAGAUUGUCUUGAAUCUUUUAGUAGCAAGGACUACAUUAUGGAGCCCAAUAUUUUCACAGUGCUCAAAAGAUUUUUGCAAGCAGGUGGUUCUCCAGAGAGGGUUGUGGAACUGUUGUCAGACAACUACUUAGCAAUAGCUCAGACUGUCAAUGUUUUGGCAGACUGGCUUAUACAAGCAGGUGUUGGCAUAAAUGAAGUUCAAGAAUUGGUAGAAAGUCAUCUGAAGCUGAUGAUUAUCAAACACUUUGAUCCAAAGAAGGCAGAUUCCAUUUUCACCCAAGAGGGUGAGACCCCAUCUUGGCUGGCCGAGAUGAUAGAAUACCCGACAUGGCGAUCCUUGUUCUACAAGCUUGCUGAAGAAUACCCAGACUGCCUCAUGCUCAACUUCACGAUCAAGUUGAUAUCUGAUGCUGGUUUCCAAGGGGAGAUAACCAGUGUGUCAACAGCAUGCCAUCAAAUUGAGGUGUUCUCGAGAGUGUUGAGAACAUCUAUAUCCAGCUUUGUCGAGGCUGGGGAGGAUGGCUUGGAGAAGAAUCUGCCAGAGUUCACAAAAAUGGUGUGUCAUGGAGAGCACACAUACCUGUACAGUCAGGUGCUGAUGCACAUCUUGUCUCAGGAACUCAAGGGCGGCUCCAACAUCCGGCGACUGUGCCAGGAGCUCCAGAAGUGUGCCAGUGAGAAAGGUCUUGAUGUGACACCCAUCACGAUGGCCCUGAGUGGCGCCGCCACCUACCCCCGAGCCUGCCAAGCUCUGUCUUCCAUGUUGUCCAGGCAGGCACUGAACCCAGCAGACAUCUCCGUGUUAUUCAGGAUGUAUUCCGAACAUGACUCUCCACCAGUUGAACUCAUCCGAGUCCCUGCUUUUCUAGAUCUGCUUAUUGACACAUUGUUUAAGCCUGGUACAAGAGUGAACCCUGACCACAAACACAAGUACAUCCACCUCCUGGCAUACGCAGCUAGCGUCAUCGAUACUCACAAGAAGGGAGGCAGGAAAACAAUCAACAGGGAUGAGCUGAAGCCAACAGUCCAGGCUCUGGAGAAGACGCAAGCCCUGUGUGCCGAGAACAAGGGAGCCUCUGAACUGAUAGCAGACAUAUCUACCCUCUUCACCUGUCUCAGAUUCCCUGUAGUGUCAAUGGGAGUGUUGAAGUGGGUGGACUACACAGUGUCGGAUGCCAGCUACUUCAAGCUCAACACAGAUCACACACCUCUGCAUCUAGUCAUGGUGGAUGAGAUUGUCACCAACCAUGUCCUUUUACAUCAGAAAGCCUUAGAUCUCCUUGUUCGCGUGUUUGAAUCUUCAUUCGAGGAACUGGAUGUGUUGGUUCGGCUGGAGUUGAAAAAGACAGUGCUGGACCGGUUGGUGCAUCUGUUGAGUCGAGGCUUCGUCCUCCCUGUAGUCGUCUACAUCAGGAAGUGUCUGGAGAAGGGGGACACAGACAUCUCACUCAUCAGACAUUUUGUCACAGAGGUGCUGGACGUGAUUGCCCCACCCUACACACCCGAGUUUGUCCAGCUUUUCCUCCCACUCAUUGAAAACAAGACCAUCACAGGCAUCCUCCGGUCAGAAGACGGUCAAGACCCUGUCUCAGAGUUCCUCAGUCAGUGUAAAUAGAAGAACAACUGAUUUUUCCAGACCAAUAAACAAACCUCAUCAGUACCAAGGUUCAGCCUUGGUGAGCAACUACUUCAUGCUCUGUGACCUCUCGGAAUGGAGACUUCCCUAGGACAGUCUCUCACUCAGAUGGGGAUGCUGGUGUGGCUACAGGCUGAGAGUCUCCUGGACCACCUUCAUUCACAGUGAUGAUGACAGCCACACUUUCUUCAUACCGUGAGGGGCAGUGGAGUAGCCUCAUAACGUUCACUCAUCAUGCCGAAGACAUGGUUCAGUUCCAUACAAUGGGUGAAGCCAAUUUCUGGUGUCAUCAGCUGUGAUAUUGCCCGAAUAUUGCUAAAAGCUGCAUAAAACCAUACUCACUCAUACUUAAAAUCAGUCACCAUUUUGAUCAAGCUUGAUGCUCAUAGAGUAUUGAGGAUCGUCCAUAUGUUCUCUGUACAAAGGCCUCUUGUAAAAAUGUACUAUAAUGUAUAUAGAGAAAGGGUUGAUGAAAACAACCAAGAUGAUAUCUGUCAUGAUAUGUACAAAAUAUGUAUGUAAAAUGUCUGUGGUAGUCUCGAUCACCAGUUCUUUGUCCUAUGUUGUAUACAGCUGAGAUAGACAUAUGAGAAAUGAAAAUAGAUAAAUCAGGCAGCAAAAUUAGAAACAAUAUGAAUUCUGAAGAUACUGUUCUUGUUCUUGAAAGUGGUAUAUCCCCACCACACCACCAAAAGACAUGCAUUCAUAGGCGGAUGCAGAGGGUGUGUGCAGGGGUGUACCUCCCCCCCCCCUUUUGUCCUGAAAGUUUGUUCAAUGACCAUUGAAACGUGGGUGGAAUUGAAGUAUGUACCCCCACCCCAACCCUUUCUCAAAAGGCUGCAUCCGCCCUUGAGCAUGUGUGGUUUUCUAGAAAUUCAUUCCAUAACUUGGACAAGGUGGUUGCUAAGUAAGUGCAGUGCAUCAGCACUAUUUCAGACAUAUAGUGACUGAAAGGCUUUACAGAAAUAGAGCGUGCGUAUGUGGAAGAUUACAACUGAGAAGUUUCUGAUAUUGCCUGCUGCACCAGUUGUAAGUCUUAGACCAUAUUCCUGGCAAACCAAAAUGCUAAAAGGGACCAAUAUUGACAUGACUUGUGAUGUAAAUAAAUGAAUGAAAGUA